AUGUCUCUGGGCGACAGCGAAGCGGACCGAGUUCUCGUCCUGAUCCAAGCCGCUCCCCGCAGUGCGCUGCGUCGCAAUCCACCCCUGUUGCUUUCCCACGACGGAAGCGGCACCAUUUUCAAUUAUUACCUCCUCGAUCCGCUCGAGAGAGAUGUUUUUGGUUUCCAGGACCCUCGGGCGGCUUGCGGAAAUGGCUGGGAAGGGGGCAUCCACCAAAUGGCACGGCUCUACUACGACUGCAUGAAGACAGCUGUCAAACCCGGUCCUGUCCUCCUAGGGGGGUGGUCAUUCGGCGGUCUGCUGAGCCUGGAGAUCUCCAGCCUGAUAAUCGCCGAUCCAACGACAGGCUUCGCGGUCGCCGGCAUCGUUCUCAUCGAUACGGUCUGUCCGACGAGCUCCGUCACUCCUCCUCGUCUCUCCGAUACGAAGCCGGGAACACCCCCACAAGUCCUCGCCACGCACGACUCGCGGAAGCUGGCGGCGUCGUCAAUGCGUCGAGCUGAAGAACUCGGCCGAAGCUGGCAAUUCCCGGCGUGGAACACCACCACCGGCAAUGGUCUGAUGACAAGCGGUCCAAUUCCAACAGUACUGCUUUGCGCCAAGGACGAACCUCGCUCUGUGACCGCAGCGCAGAGUCAGCUUCUCGGCUGGGAACAGUACCAGCAAUAUCUUACCAUGUCUGCGAUCCAGAUCUCCGGAACACACUUCUCGAUAUUCCAUCUCGAACAUGUAAGAGAUGAAAGCGGUCAUUUGUUCUUGUUCCCCGCCAGCGCCUUUGACUGA